CUGGUCCACAGCUGUGCUGUUCUGUAAGUUUACCAAGGAACUAAAAACGGAAGUUUGCAAAGACAGUUCUGAGAAGAUAUUAGGCAGAGGCAUUUAACAGAAUUAUGGACAGAAUUAACAAGGAUUUGAUUAUGCACAUGCAAAGAUGAGCAACAAUCUUCAAAACUUUCCCAAUGUGUCACCGACCAGCAUGUCAAAAAAUCCCCAGCAAGACUGCCAGAUGGACAACUCCAGCUUGCGGGUUCUGCUGGCUAUUUUGUACGCACUCUUCUUCCUGUUUGGGUUGGGUGGUAACCUGCUAGCUCUUUGGGUGUUUCUGCGAGUACAUCCAAAGAAAAACUCUAUUCGCAUUUUUCUCAUUAACUUGGCUCUGGCUGACUUACUUCUUGUGAUAUGCCUGCCUUUCCGAGUGGUGUACCAUUCCAACCAUGACCGGUGGGUGCUGCCGUCAUUACUGUGCAGGACAGUGGGUAACAUCUUUUACAUGAACAUGUACAUUAGUAUAGUGUUACUGGGCUUCAUAAGUGUAGACCGUUACUUGAAGUUACAGAGGGUAACCUGCAGACGGGUGUUUCUGCAGAGCCGGUGGAGUGCUCUUCUCUGCUGUGUCAUCUGGAUUGUGUCACUUGCUGCAAUAACGCCACUUAUUGUCCAGACUCCAGAGAAUGUUGAACCCCAACAGUGCUUCCAAUAUAAAAAUCUGCAAAACUCCAAAUGGAAAGCCUAUUUCAACUUUGCCGUCGUGGGUAUAUUUUGGGUGGUCUAUGGUGCGUUGGUAAUCUGCUAUGGAAGGAUUGGAAUGAAGCUCCUUACAACCUCCAGAAAGAAACCAGAUUUCCCAAACGCAGCCAAGUAUAACAAAACAGCAUGGAAAUCCUUCUUCGUGCUCCUCCUCUUCACAAUAUGUUUUGUGCCCUACCACUCAGUGAGGAUUUUCUAUAUUAUGUCACAGAUGGAAACUGGCAUAUCUUGCGACAGGAUAAAUGUGUUGGAUAAAACCAAUGAAGUAGUUCUACUACUAUCUGCACUUAAUAGCUGUUUGGAUCCAGUUAUGUACUUUUUGUUGUGUAGUUCUGUUCGCAAAGUGAUGCUGAAAAUCAUCUGUAAUUGCUUCUGUCAGCAAAUCACCAGAGGACAGAUCAGUUCUAGUGACUCUCCUAAAGAACGGUCAAAAAUCAGUGUAGUUGUGCCUAGGACAGACACCCAGGAGGUCAAAACAUCAAGUCUGAGGUUCAAUGAGAGUUCUUCAAACAUAUGAACCAUGUCCAAAAGCACAACAAAGUUAAAUGAAACAUAGUUAUAUGUUGUGAACAGUGUAAAGUGUAUUUCCUUUUGUUAACCAUCAAAAACACCAUUUUAAAAAAAAUAAUAAAAUACAGUUAUUUUAAUGUGUUUUACAAAAAAAGAUCAAACAAAAGUAGUUACACUUUACAACAAGGUUCAAUAAUUUAACAUUGUUUAUUGCAUCAUUAACUAACAAAGAACACAUUUUGAAAGCAUGUAUUUAUCUAGGUUAGUUAAAUAAUAAUAAAAGUGUAACUAAAUUGAAAAUAUUGUUUAAGUGAACUAUUGUUUGUUGUUAAUUCAUUUUUGUUCAUUAUACAUGAAUAUCUAUUUUUUCAUACAUUAUACAUUAUUAAUAUAUGUGAAUGAAAUGAUUAGCGGAUUUAACUCACCCUCCCCGCCCCAGAGCUAGGUCAUCUUACAUUUCAAACAGUUGGUGACAAACAUUAAGCAAAGGCAACAACUCUACUAUAUUAUGUAGACAACAGGACGUCGUUAGAAUGGCCUUAGAAAUCAAGAUUUCAGGGCAAAAAAUGCUUUUGUAUGAUUUUUUGUCUCAAAUUUAAAUAAUAUAAUAAGCCAAUAAACCGUUACGCAAUAUCAGUGAUGAGAGCAAUAUCACACGAGUGCUGUUUUUGUCUCAAAUAACAAUAGUGAAAAUGUGAUAUUGAUUUUAUUCACCAAUUCAAUAAAUACAAAGUUAAUAUUGUGAUAUUUUAGACAGAAUAUUGUCUGUUUUUGCUCAAUUUUGCCAAUGAAAAUAUUACCUAAAAAGGCAGAGCAGAACUGUUGUGCACAUCCGAACAACACACAGCAGUGUUUAGUUUCUGAACGAAUCUGUGUUUUGAGCAAAUCAUUCAGGUGAAGCAGAUUUAGUGACCCCUUCAUAAAGAGAGCCAUUUUACGUCAUUCAUGAAUUCGCCGUUUAGACGAAUAGAAUGAAUGACUCAAUCACUUACUUAUUUAGGCAUUUACCUGUCAGUUUUACUUUCUUAUUUAGAGUUUCACUUCAUGAAAAAAAAACUAUUCAUUUUAAUUCUGUUUAUUAAAGGAGCUGUAUGUAAGAUUGUGGCCAAAACUGGUACUGCAAUCACUUUCAAAUGACUGUAGAGCGGUGCAUCCCCUCCCCCUCCUCCCUGACUCGAGGUUGCCAGAUCAGCUGCAGGAUCCAGCAACACUAUAACUAGAGUAUAUAGUGGUAACUAGAGCAGAGCUGGCAACCCGGAUGGCACAACACUACUGACUUCCUGAUUGGUAGAUAGGGGGAGGGUGGAGCAUCAGACCAAAACACAACAUGACAACAUCAACAUCAGUUGAGGUCUGCAACUUCACUUUUUA